ACAAUUGGGUCAUUCACAUGUGACGCAAUCGGCGCACGGAGACGCCGACGCUCAAUUGAAAUACCAUGUAAUCCUAUGACAGGUAACCCUUGCGAUGGUAACGCAGAUUGCAUCAACCCUGUGGGAAGUUACUUAUGUGUUUGCAGUAAAGGAUAUGAAGGAGAUGGUGCUGUUUGUAGUGAUGUGAAUGAAUGUGACAUACCUGGUAUAUGCACUACAAAUGCCGUAUGUGCUAACACAGUGGGGUCAUACACAUGCACCUGCCCAACAACGUGUCCAGAUCCAAAUGAAUGUGGUGUCUCCGAUGACUGUGAUACAAAAGCAACGUGUACCAACAUCCCAUUCAGUGGCUUCCAGUGCACAUGUAACACUGGCUACUUUGGAGAUGGAACUGUGUGUUACAAUAUUGAUGAGUGUGCGAGUGGAAAUUAUAUGUGUCCUAUGAAUACUGACUGUGUUGAUUCAGUUGGAUCGUAUGUUUGUGAGUGUUCAGAGGGAUACGCAGACAACAUGGGAGUGUGCGAAGAUGUAAAUGAGUGUGCAGAAACGAGCUUGAAUGAGUGCAAUUUAAAUGCAAUAUGUACUAAUCGGAUUGGUACUUAUGAAUGCAACUGUAAGGAGGGUUAUUUUGGAGAUGGAUAUGCGUGCGUUGACUUCAACGAAUGCACACAGGCUGUACACCCCUGCGUGGCAACAUACGGCGAAUGUGUGAAUACUAUAGGAACAUACUUCUGCCAGUGUACAAGUGGUUUUACUGGGAAUGGAAUUGAUAGUUGCAUGGAUGUUGAUGAGUGUGCUGAAAACAUUGCCAAUUGUGAUACAGUUAAUUCCACGUGUGUGAAUACUAUUGGAAGUUAUGACUGUAACUGUACAGUGUCAGCUUUUUGCACAAGUGUUGCUGAAUGUGACGAUGAAUUGUUGAAUGACUGUGAUGAUUACGCAACUUGUUCUGAAUUAGACGGAGGUUAUACGUGUAGUUGCCUUCCUGGUUACACUGGUGAUGGCAUCACAUGCACAGAUAUUGACGAGUGUUUUCAGGGAUCAGAUACAUGUCCUCUCUACUCAAUGUGCGUCAAUACACCAGGUUCAUUCCAGUGUUUCUGCAAUGAAGGAUUUGCUGUUAAUCCAGAUUUUUAUCCAGAUGAGUUAUGGUGUGAGGAUGUUAACGAAUGUCAGAUUGAAAACCCUUGUGGCCCAAAUGCUGUAUGUACCAAUCAGCUAGGCUUUGGCAGAUGUGACUGUACUGUGGGCUGGAUCAAGCAAGGGAAUGACUGUAUUGAUCUUAACGAAUGCAACUUGGGUUCAGUAGUAUGUGAUGCUGAUGCAACAUGUAUGAACAGCCUAGGGACAUAUAACUGUUUAUGCGAUGCAGGGUUUGAAGGUGAUGGUACAAACUGCACAGAUGUUGAUGAGUGUGCAGGUGUAAACACAUGUGCAGGGGGUGCUGUGUGUGAAAAUACGAUAGGAAGUUAUAUCUGUAACUGUUCCGCAGGAUGUGACCCAGAUGUAGAUGAGUGCAGUAUAGGGACGGAUAUAUGCAGUGAACAAGCAACAUGCAGCAACAUAGUUGGUGGCUACAUGUGUGACUGCAACUCUGGAUAUAGUGGUGAUGGGUUCACAUGUAACAAUAUAGAUGAAUGUACAAUGGAGACAGACAAUUGUGAUGAAAAUGCAGUUUGCUUUGAUAUAAGUGGUAGUUUUCAAUGUGAGUGUAUUGAAGGAUUUGAGGGGAACGGACAGUCUUGUCAGGAUAUUGAUGAGUGUUCACUCUCUACGGAUGACUGUUCUGAGAUUUCGAACUGUUCCAACACAGUAGGAAGUUUUGAGUGUAUAUGCAAUGUGGGAUACAUAGACAUCGAUGGGGUUUGCACAGACAUCAAUGAGUGUUCUUCAGUCCCAUGUCAUCCAGAUGCGAUUUGUAUCAACCAAGAGGGGACAUUUACAUGCACGUGCAAUGGAGGUUACGCGGGGGAUGGUUUCACUUGUAAUGAUGUGAAUGAGUGUAUUACCGUGAACUGUUCAACCAAUGCAACGUGUGUCAAUACACCUGGUGCUUAUUUGUGCAACUGUUCAGGAACGUGCGAUGACAUUGACGAAUGUUCAAACGCCAGUCUCAAUGAUUGCGACAUCAACGCCAGUUGUAGCAACAUAAUAUAUGGAGGGUACACCUGCGAGUGCAACGUUGGCUACACAGGUGAUGGGACAACAUGUGUGGAUGUUGAUGAGUGCUUACAAAGUGAACCGUGUGAACAAGAAGAAAAUACACAAUGCGUGAAUACGGUUGGAUCUUUCUUGUGUAUAUGUGAUGAAGGUUUCCAAGAAGACCAAGGCGUCUGUAUUGAUAUAAAUGAAUGCAAUCAGGCUAAUUCCUGUAGCUCAUUUGCCACUUGUACUAAUACACAGGGCUCGUAUACAUGCACUUGUAAUAUUGGCUUUACUGGUAAUGGAGAAACAUGUGAGGAUUUCAAUGAAUGCAUAAGUGGGAAUCCAGAUUGCCAUCCCAAUGCUAACUGUAUCAACUCAUUUGGAGAAUAUACAUGCGAAUGUCAAACGGGUUAUGUUGGAGAUGGAACCAAUAAUUGUGAUGACAUUGAUGAAUGUUUAGCAACAAAUAAUUGUGUCCCAUUAGCAACGUGUAUUAACACGGAGGGAUCGUAUGAAUGUAUAUGUAAUGGAACGUGCGUUCCGGUUGAUGAAUGUGCUGAUUCGAUGCUGAACGACUGUAGUCCGUUGGCUACAUGCACAGAUACACCAGGGGGAUACAUAUGUACUUGUAAAGUGGGCUUCGAUGGAGAUGGACUUACAUGUGUUAAUAUAGAUGAAUGUCAAACCGGAACUGAUACAUGCCCUUCAUUAAGUGUAUGCAUUGAUACUCCCGGUAGCUUCGUAUGUGACUGUAUCGAUGGAUUCACAUUGCAAGACAACAUUUGUGAAGACAUCAAUGAGUGUCUCACAACAUUACCCUGUGAUGAAAACACCCAGUGUACCAACACAAUAGGCAGCUAUGAGUGCUCACCAUGUAACACAGGAUUCCAACUGCAAGGAGACACAUGCAUAGAUAUCAACGAGUGCUUAACAAACAAUGGAGGUUGUAACGCAACCACCAGUACUUGUGUUAAUAACGAGGGCUCGUUUCAGUGUGUGUGCGGCUCUGGUUUCACAGGGUCGGGAACCCCUAACGAGUGUGUGGACAUCAACGAGUGCACAGAACCAGGGCUUGGUUUAUGCACAGCUGUUAACUCAACAUGUAUUAACACAUUUGGGUCAUUUGAUUGUGAUUGCCCACCGGUAAACUGUACAGAUGUAAAUGAAUGCUCAACUGAAAAUGAUGCAUGUAGUGAGUUUGCUGAUUGUACCAACACUAUUGGUGCAUACACGUGUACGUGCAGGACUGGCUACGUUGGAAAUGGUUUCACGUGCAUUUAUGUUGAUGAAUGUCUGGCGGACCCAUACCCAUGUGAUCCCAAUGCCCAGUGUGGGGAUGAUCCAGGGCCAGGAACGUUUCAAUGCACAUGUUACCCAGGCUUUUAUGGUGUAUUUGGAUUUUGUUGUACUGAUAUAGAUGAGUGUUUGCGCGAGACUGACAACUGUGCAGAAGUUUCAACAUGCAAUAACACAAUUGGCUCAUUCACAUGCACAUGCCCGAAUGGAUAUCAAGGAGACGGAACAACGUGUACCGAUGUAAAUGAAUGUGACCCAUUGGUUCCCUCAAUAUGUGACUCCAAUGCACAGUGUAUAAAUACACCAGGCGCAUAUAUAUGCCAAUGUCCUCCUGGAUUCACAGGAGAUGGGGUAACAUGCACAGAUAUUGAUGAAUGUUCACAACCCAUAUGUGCACAAAAUUCCACGUGUAUCAAUUUACCUGGACAGUACGGGUGUAUAUGUGACACGGGACUCACAUGUAUUGACGUCGAUGAGUGUGACUUGGACCUUGAUAACUGUGACACUAAUGCCAUCUGUACAAACGUUGAGUACGGAGAUUUCAUAUGUGAAUGUGCCACUGGUUAUUAUGGAGAUGGUGUCACAUGUCAAAAUAUCAACGAGUGUAAUGUCCCAGGUAGCUGCCCCCAAGGAAACAUAUGUACAGACACACCUGGUGGUUUUACAUGUACAUGUGCUAGUGGCUAUACACAACAAUUUGAGGGUUGUGUAGACGUGGAUGAAUGUAGCUACUUCACUUUAAAUGACUGCACUGGUGAGAAUGGUAGCUGUGUUAACACCUUGGGUAGCUAUGACUGUAUGUGCAAUACAGGGUUCACAGGAAAUGGUAUCAUAUGCGAGGACGUUAAUGAGUGCGAGAUUGCCUCAAUUGAUUGUGGAUCAAAUGCAGAGUGUUUGAAUACUCUUGGGUCGUUUGAGUGUAUUUGUUUAUCUGGAUAUGAACUAGUAGGAGAAAUAUGUGUAGACAUCGAUGAGUGUUUGACAAACACAGAUUUGUGUCAGAUCAACUCAACUUGCAUCAACGAUGUCGGAUCUUAUAGCUGCAACUGCACAAUACCUGACUGUAUAAAUGUGGAUGAAUGUGACGGAGGUAAUAGUUGUUCUGAGCUAGCAACGUGUGAAGAUGAAGUGGGAUCCUACUCAUGUACUUGUCAGCCGGGAUACACAG